UGAUGAUGGAGGCAGAGCGGUUGAUGGAGGCAGAGCUUGGUGCCGCUGGAGGAAUGUCAUCGCUUCCCUUGUGAUUGGCUGGGGAAUGGCGGAGUCAGUUUUCACGGGGGCUGAUCAAAAAGUUCCCUUUUGCUUUCCAAAGUUGCUGUCUGAGCAGAGGCAUGGUGCAGAGGAGGCCGGUCACUGACAUUCCUCAGGAAAGCUGCUUCAAUGAAAUGAGAGGGCUUCUCUACCCAAGGAUAUACAGCCCAGAACACGCGCCGAGAAGCUGAUUCCUUCUUUUCUCCCCCAACUCCUGCUGGUGUUGAGCAGCUUUCAUUUCUGGCAUGCGUCUCAUCUCUCAGGAUACUAUGUCACAGUACUCCACUAAUUUCCUCUUGCUCCCCAUACCGGAGUAUCCUGUCCUGGACUGCGUGCCCAACAAGAUCAUCAAGCUCGUGGUACUGGGAGGUAGUAGCGUCGGCAAGACAGCCCUGGUUGUGCGCUUUCUCACAAAGAGAUUUAUUGGAGACUAUGAAGCCAAUACUGGUGCUUUGUAUUCAAGGAAGUUCACCAUAGACGGGGAACAGAUCUCUCUACAGGUGCAGGAUACUCCCUUUGUGUCACUGGAGGAUGACACCGACAGCAUAUGCUGCCAAGAACAGAUCAACCGUUCAAUCUACUGGGCAGACGGCUUCGUUUUCGUUUACUCCAUCACAGACUAUGAGAGCUACCGAGUCAUCCGUCCCCUGCACCAGCACAUCCGCAAGAUUCACCCAAAUGCUAAUAUUCCUCUGCUUCUGAUGGCGAACAAAGGAGACCUCCUGCGUGCCAGGCAGGUGUCCUCCAAAGAAGGACUCCAGCUGGCCAGUGAACUAGGAGGAACUUACUAUGAAGUCUCAGCCAGGGAGAACUGUGAGGGAGUGCGGGAAGCCUUCCAGCAGCUUUGCCAGGAAGUCAGCAGGAUGAUUGGGAGCUGCAAUGGGGAGAAAAGAAGAGGCCUCCACCUUGUCCGACCCAAGUCGCCAAAUAUGCAGGACUUAAAGAGACGUUUGAAACAGGCUCUGACUUCCAAAGGGAAAUCUGCCACUACACUUUGAUGGAGGUGACAGAAAUUGUUUUCCACAGCCCUGAAAAAAAGGCAAGAAAAUAAGCUGGCAAUAAGGGGCAUCGCUGAAAUUCAGGGGUCAGGUUGUGUGAGAGGCUCUUUCAUUUUGUCUUUUCAUCUUCCUUAAAAAUCCCAUGCUCAUACAGCUAAGGAAUUUAAAUGAUUUGCUCUUUGGGGCAAGAAAUAAGAAACUGUGAGUUGAAAAAUAGAUUUUCCCAAAUUAUUUCCUUUUUGAAAGGGACAGAGUCAAAUAGUUUAGGCUCACAAGUGGAUUUUAUUGGUAGCAAUUAUUAAAUCCUACUGUUAAGAGAAGUGACUUCUCUUGGGGAUGGCUGUAUCCCCCAAAUACAGGUGAUGAGCUGCAGCCAGACACAAAGAGAGUGACAUGAGCUGUACUGAGCAGGCAAAAAUGACAAGAUUUGCUUAGUCACAAGACUGGUAAAUAAAGGCAAAAAAAAACGUAAACGAAGAGUAUAGAUAGUGAAAAGUAGAAAUGAAAGCUUUUAAAUUGCAGUUCAGAAAGUGUUCUUAGCAAUCUGGGGAGAGAUUUGUUCGUAUGCAAGCUUUACCCUUACGGUGUCUCUUGAACAGGAGAUUUUUUUUAAAAAUAUCACUGUUUUUUCAGCCUGUUUUUCUUCAAAUGCACACUGACUGCUUCUGAAAGUGAUUUGAUGGCCAAAAUGCAGACAUGUAGCAGCAUUUUGUAGGCAGUUUCUCAAUGGUGUACUUGUCAUCUUUCUCUGGGUUUCCUCCAUGGCAAUGAGAGAGCAACAAAUGGCUUAAAACCUGCAAAAAAAAAAAAAGGACUGUAUUAAUCAAGAGCAAGGAAGUGACCUAAAACUAUUUAGUUUUUUCCAAACUAGUCAGCUUUCAAGUUCCAGAUGCUGUUUUAAAAAGACAAAGCCUUCAUAUGAAGUAAAUCUAACCCAUUAGAUCUUUUAAUUAAAGAAGAAAACGUUUUACAAUGCCUGAAAUUUCUGGCUUCGGGAAUUCAUCCUGUUGUUAUACACCUUAGGACCAGACUUUACUCAAUACCUCACCAGUUUAUCACUGCGUAUUUCACUGGCAGCAUCUCACUGCGUUGUCUCAGCACGUCCAAAGGGAUGUGAAGCUGGAUCCUGUGAGCUGGCCCCUUUUAUGACAGCAGUAACAACAACAUGAAGCAUCCAUCAUUUGCUCUUAAUGAGAGUAGAAGGAAACUGAGUUGGACCAUGAAAAGUCCUAAUGCAACAAUCUUUUCUUUAAACAGACCACCUGAGCAAUGCACAGGACCAUGGAAUGAAGGACAACUCAGUGAUUUACACACAAGAACACAGAUUUCUAGUUUGGUGGAUGUGGAAAAAAACUACUGGCUGCUGUUUCAGCCAGCAACACCGAGCUAAAUCCACCUUUUACUCCUUAUAAGCAGCAAAAACAUAGCUUGAGUCUGAUGAGUAUUUAUAUAGCUCAGGGCUUGGAAAUGUACUCUGUAUUUUAGACAACUCUAGUCCUGAUUUUCCUUAUCACCUGGAUUUGCUCUAUCUACAGCUCACUUUCUGGUUUAUUUAUUGUUUUCCACAGCUGGUUAUCCCAGAACAUCUUGUGUUCUGGUUAAUUUAAAACUUUUAUUCACAUACAAGAGCUGCACCUUUUUUAAAAUUUUCAGGUGGUAGUAGGAGUGGAAAAACAGAUCAUCCAGAGACCUGAACAAUAUCAGAAGAUUUCUACUUAGCCUGUGCUUAAUUAACAAUCUGAUGUUUGAGCAGUGUCAUUAUUCAUUGCAGGCAUUUAUUAGUACAGGGUUUCAGUAUUUUAAAUUACUAAUAGCAAAGCUCAAAUAUCAAAUCCAAAUAUUCAAUAACAUGAAACAGAGCAUCAGAGAACGGUUUGGGUUGGAAGGGACCUUAAAGAUCAUUCAGUUCCAACCCCCCUGCGAUUGGCAGGGACACCUCCCACUGGAUCAGGCUGCCCAAGGCCCAUCCAACCUGGCCUUGAACACCUCCAGGGAUGGGGCAGCCACAGCUUCCCUGGGCAACCUGGGCCAGGGCCUCACCACCCUCAUGGAGGAGAAAUUCUUCCUUAUGUCCAGUGUAAAUCUGCCCCUCUCCAGUUUAUACCCAUUGCCCCUCCUCCUAUUACUCCAAGCCUUUGUGAUCAGACCCUCCCCAGCUUUCUUGUAGCGCCUUCAGGUACUGGAAGGUCACUAAAACAGAGCAAAAAGGUUGUGAGAGACAGACAAACUGAAAAUGAUUUGCAUUGGAAAAACGAUCACCAAUUUGGAAUAGCAAUUAAAUAUUUUACCAUCCCAGUACCGUAACACGAGGGCUAAGUUUGCUGAAGACAAUUUGCUGACAACAUUUGUUUUCAUAAGAGCCAAAGAGAAUUAGGUUGUCUGGCCAACUGAAUUUGUUUGUAACUUGCUCUUUCAGCUCUAAUCCUUUCUUAGCUGGGAAGGAGUUCAACAUGUUUCAAACCUGUCAAUGUUUUAUUUUCAGUAGCGAUUAAUAAAAACACACAAGGUCUUUCCUGAGUAGCGAAUAUAGUGGCUGCUUUACGUCUCACAGCUUUAAACGUUCCUUGUUUAUACUAGGCUAAAAAUGUAUUUUUUCCUCUUCUCACAACCCAGUGCACCCUCCUUUGGAAGUAUACACGUGUUCCUACAUCUGUACUCCUACAUAAGGAAGCAUUCCCACAUUCCUGCAGUGCCGGGGAGGAAAAAGAAGUGGACAAUUUAGCUAAGGACAAAAAAUACUGAAACAUUUCAGUCUUCUCCUAAAUACUAACAUGUGGCAAACAUUUAUUCUGCUACAGAAACCUGAGUAUAGUAUUUUUGUUGCUCAUUGACCAGUGACACAAAUCCUGUAAUAGCUUUGAUACUGGUUUUAAGCCAGGACAUAUCCUCUCAUGAAGACACUAUAGCUCCACAGCUUUGUUAGUAGUGCAGAACACGCCUCUGUGCCACUGAAGGGAAGCCAGGCUGAGGAGGGAGAAUGGUAGCAUGAAAAACAGGGAGAGGAGGACACUAUAAAAUAAAGUGCCUAAAAAUAACCAUGUAAAAUACCGAAAUUUAGUUACAUAAAACCUGAUCCUGAAUUAGAAUCUUCAGGCUGCAGGGGAAAAACAUGGAUCUUACUGAAGAGAGAAAGUACUGGACAUAAAGUCAGGAGAGGGAAGGGAAAAGAGAUUAAAGGGUGGAAUUUUUUUUGGAUGUCAAGACAAAUUCUCAUUUCAGUUAUACUGUUUAAGGCCUAACUCCAUCAGAAGCAAUACCAACAAAAACAAGCUGCAGAACUCACUUUCUCCCCCCCCCAUCCUCUUUCAGCCUCCUGGGCAGUUUAAAUCUCAUGCACAUCUGGCUCUCAAGACAGUUGACAGCUGGGUGUACUUGGGCAAAGUGGCUGAGUGAUUUGCCCCAAGGUUACACAGCUGAGCAAGUACUUGAGAGGAACUCCAAAGCUGUCCCCUCUGUAAUUAAUUCCCAAUUCUUUGCAACAACUACCAGGCCAUGCCGCCUCCCUCAAGGUAUGCACAGAGCUCAGCGAGUUGUGUUACACAAGAACGUAAUUAAAAGUUGGAAGAAGUAACUUAAAUGACAAACUGUGUUUGGAACUGCCUGAGCAAACUGCUAAUGUCACACUGGCCCCGUGCACAAUCCCAGCGAUACCAAACUGGCCCCGAGUUAGGGAAGAUGUUUGUAAAUGGUUAUUUUCUGCAGUCUCUCUGACAGCUACAUUUCUCACAUGUUUUCAGUGGUUCCCCAUGGAAAUACAGUGUGUCCUGAGAGAUGGGAAAAUCAGGCUCUGUUUUUAGCUUUUCCUGUGACUUUUUGGUGAUCCCAAGCACAACUAUAGGCUGGGUGGAGAACGGAUUGAGAGCAGCCCUGAAGAGGACUUGCAGUGCUGGGGGAUGAGAAGCUCAAUGAACCAGCAACGUGUGCUUGCAGCCCAGAAACCAACUGUGUCCUGAGCUGCAUCCAAAGCAGUGGGACCAGCAGGGCGACGGAGUGGAUUCUGCCCCUCCGCUACGCUCUGUGAGACCCCACCAGGAGCCCUGCAUCCAGUUCUGGAGUCCUCAGCACAGGAAGGACAUGGAGCUGUUGGAGCGAGUCCAGAGGAGGCCAUGGAGAUGAUGUGAGGGCUGGAGCAGCUCUGCUACGAGGACAGGCUGAGCAAGUUGGAAUUGUUCAUCCUAGAGAAGAGAAGGCUCCAGGGAGACCUUAGAGCAGCUUCCAGUGCUGAAAGGAGCUCCAGGAAAGCUGGGGAGGGGCUUUUGAUCAGGGAGUGCAGGGAUAGGAUGAAGGGGGUAUGGUUUUCAGCUGCAGGAGGGGAGACUGAGAUGAAAUUUGAAGAAGAAUGUUUUGCUGUGAGGGUGGGGAGGCCCUGGCCCAGGUUGCCCAGAGCAGUGGUGGCUGCCCCAUCCCUGGAGGUGUUCAAGGCCAGGUUGGAUGGGGCUCGGAGCCCUGAUCCAGUGGGAGGUGUCCCUGCCCAUGGCAGGGUGGGGAACUAGAUAGGCUUUAUAUUCCCUUCCAACCCAAACCGUUCCAUGAUUCUAUAGUUCUUGGCCAGAUCUCUUAAUCAAAGUUGCUGUGUCUGUACAAGGAAGGACACUGACACACCUUUGCUAUGCACUUCAGCAUCCGCAGGAGAGAAUCACCAAUAAGAAAUAAAGGAAUUGCCCCCUGUGUGCUAAGGAUGACUUAAAUCUUAACAUCUGAAUUCAGAUCUUGAUUCCGGAUUCUUUAAACUGCGAGUUGUUUGGAUCCCACAUUUACAGUUGAGACACAGGAACAAAGUGGAAACAUCAGAUCUUGAUUUCAAGGAAUGGCUCAGACAGGGAUCCAUGGCACCUGGAUACUCCCAGGUGUACAUGUAUGUCAAGUGUACAAAUGAAGAGGAAAGAGUAACUUUCUGAGCCGGCAGAAGAAACUUAUUUUGCCACAGAGAACAGUUGACUAAUUGUUUUACAGGGCAAAGUGGAAGGCUUCCAGCUGAUUGUUACUGCUGGAAUUCUCUCCAGAAGACUUUGGGUCAGACUCACCUUGACUCUGCUCGAGCCGUCACUGUGUAUGCAGAGCCAGCACCGGCCCCUGAAGCAGCAGCACAGAAUGACAUGUUGGCUGGUUUUGAGUUGUUCCCAUAUCUUCAGAGUUCCUGAGCUGUCCCUGUCUCCUUCAAGACAAGCACAGGAAAGCCAAGCAACCGAAAGCUAAAAAAGAUCUCUAAAUGCACUCUAAAAACCUCAACAGCAGGGACAGUGGUGCUAGAAAAGAUGAUCCGAUCUAUUGCCUCUGGAGAAAAAGCAAGAUCCUCACAAUUUUCCACCUCUCCUCUAACUUAUCUCUGCCGUUCCUUGUCCCUCUCCAUUCAUGCCUCUGUGCUUAUUUAAUUUAGCAGGCAAGAAUUUCUGCAGUUUUUCUUCCUUAGUCUUAAAAAAAAUAUUUUUUUUCUGUUUAAUUUAUAAUUUAUUUCCAAAUAUUUUAACUCCAAGCAUGGCUUAUAGCAAAAGAAGUGUGUCUACUUAACCUUUUGACCUUAUUUACCUAAAGCAUUUGAAAGCACAUCUAAAUCAAGUCAGUGCAACUCUGCAUUUAGAUAAAUCUUUGAAUUCAUGCCAUUUCUCCCCAAGGGCUCUUGCUGGCUUAGCCCAAUAUUUCCUUCCCUUGUUUUGUGCUCACAGUGUUGAGCUUAUUUGUGUUACAGAGUCAUUGCUUAUUUAAACCUGGUUAGUCCUUGCGAAGUUUUGCUGCUCUUCUCUGAAGUCGCUUUGGUUCCAUCAAGCAAGUUCUCUUCUCUAAGCAGAUGUGCGAGCAGGAGAUGAGCUCAGAUCAGCUGUUGAUUUUCUGCUCUGUCAGAUUUUUGCCCAGUAUUGAAGAUUUUGGAAUAAACAGGAGCAUGGAGAGUGAUGCAGCAAACGCAGUUCUAGUCCUACAAGGGGGCUACAAGAAAGCUGGGGGGGACUGUUCACAAAAGCUUGUAAUGAUAGGGCGAGGGGCGA